AUGUACUGGGGGUCCAGUCCAAUGGACGACGACAUCGCUUCUCAAGUUCUGAUCCAUCAAUGGUCCCUUACAAACCAGACACUAACGCGGGAUCCUGGAAAGGGUGGAGAGGCUGGCAAGCUGGCAGAGCUGGAAAAGAAGGCUAGAGGUAGCAAUUCCGCACAUACGCAGAUUUUAUUGUACGGCGUCGCUCAACAUCGUAGGAUCUGCAUGACACCGAGAAUGAAGGCGGCACUUUCUUCCUUUCAUUCACUCGGACUGAUGACAAACGAUGAUUUCGAUAUGAAGCACCAACUGUGCCAGGCAGUCGCCGACCGACAUUUUAUCCGUUUCGACUCCUACCCACCCCAAGCGCAAGCGAUGCGACAAAGUGGGUGUAUACCCCUCAUCAUUCAUCAGAGAGUGCUGAUUACAGCAACAUUUCAAGACCAAACUAAGUCGGGCGGUACAGGCAGGCACUUUGCCCCGGCCGCGGCACCUUUCUGGACCAACAAGGCAAUUGAUUCUCCAGUGAUAUUGACGAGAACCCUGAGAAGUAAGAAGCUCCUAUCAUACCAAAAAGAUAUGGUUUGCACGCAUGGUAACUCGAGGCUUUUGGAACUGCGCGUACUCGUACCCAGAAAGUCCGAGACGGUUGAGCCAAGUUAUGCAUCCAAACCAAAGCCCCGACAGGACAUUUCGAAGCAAGGCUCUACAACUCAAGUACGAAAAGCUUGUUGCUCAUCCGUCCCUCGGAUUCGUAACUCCGCGUUGGUGAUGGAGUAG